AUGGGUAAGAAGAACGGAACGUCGUGGUUCACGGCAGUGAAGAAGAUUCUCUGGUCACCCUCUAAGGAUUCCGACAAGAAGACUCACCAGAAAGAAAAUGAUUGUAAUAAGAAAAAGGAAAAGAAAGGAUGGAUUUUUCGAAAAACCAAACUCGAAACCACUAACUCUGUAACCAACACCAUACCUACGGCUGAGACAGAGGAGGAGGACAAACCGGCGGUGAAUGUCUCCGCCGUGGAUGACACGGUCGCCGAGAUCGUUAAGCUAACGGCAACUCCAGGUUUUAUUAGACGUCACUGGGCUGCCAUUAUUAUUCAGACAGCUUUCAGAGGUUAUCUUGCGAGGAGAGCUUUACGAGCAAUGAAAGGGAUAGUGAAGUUACAAGCAUUAGUGAGAGGUACUAAUGUUAGAAACCAAGCUAAACUCACUUUGAGAUGCAUCAAGGCUUUGGUUCGAGUUCAAGAUCAAGUGCUUAAUCAUAAUUAUCAACAACAACAACGUUCAAGAGUCUUAUCAUCACCAACAUCGAAUUGUUAUAACAUUGAAGCAAGACGUAACUCAAUGUUCGCUGAAUCUAAUGGUUUUUGGGACACUAAAACAUAUCUUCAAGACAUACGUAGCCGUAGAUCUCUGUCGAGAGAUAUGAGUAGAUGCACCAAUCAAUUUGUUGUUAGCCAAGAAGAAACACAAUCGAUUUUGGAGAAGAGACUAGAGAUUGCUAUUCAACGAGAGAAAGCUCAAGCAAUUGCUCUCUCUAAUCAGAUUCGGAGUCGGUCUUACCGGAACCAAUCAGUCGGCGACGAUUCAGAGCUUUUUGAGAGAACGCAAUGGCUUGAUCGAUGGAUGGCUACAAAGCAAUGGGACAACACAAUCUCAAAUUCAACAGUCAGAGAUCCGAUCAAGACUCUCGAGAUCGAUUUAAACACAUAUCAGAGAACGUGUCCGGCGACUCCACCGUCGUGCAGAGCCACGAGAACCUUCGGGGUGCGAUCAGCUAGUCCGAGAAUACAGUGUUGUUCUCCUUCUUCGAUGGUUCAGCCGAAUUACAUGACGGCGACUGAGUCAGCGAAGGCUAAGGCUCGGACUCAGAGCACGCCGCGGCGGAGACCGGUGGGGACGGCGAAGAAACGGUUGUGUUAUGCGGAGGAGGGGAAUUUGAGGAGUCCGAGUUUGAAGAGUGCUUAUAAUGGUUGUCUUUGGGGAGAUCAUGAAUCUGAUUAUUCUUGUUGUUACGGUGAUGGGUUCGCCGGAAAAAUCUCGCCUUGUUCUACGACUGAUCUCCGGUGGUUAAAGUGA